GCGGCACCAACACUGUGCCGCGUCGUGUUGGGCUUUCAGCGGGCUCUCACGCAUCGGCAUGUUUCAAUCCGAUUCGAACGGUCAGCGGAGUCAGUCGAACUGUGCGAGCGCUGAGCGAGCGAGCGUGUGUGCCGGUUAACACUCUCGAGUCAAGUCUUCGCCGACGGACGGAUCCAUUCACCUCCUCCCCACAAUCAGUGUUCAAACUUUUGGAGCGUGAGCCAGCAACAAGCUCACCGAGAACGUGCCGGGAGUCACUUCUGAGCCCGGAAGUAUCACUAGCACCAUACCUUGUCGAAAACCUGUUUUUCCAAUCUAACCGUGAUCGUGGCGGAAUAGUGAUCAUCUCGUUCAGUGUUUUCCGGGGAACUUUGGAGGUCCAGCGGAAGUUCCAGGAUCGUGGCGGAACAAGUUACCAAACCAAGUUAGUGGGAGUGAGUUCGUGAUUUCUCGCAUCGCGAUCGCGAAAGGCUGUUUGUGUGGGGAAUUCUCGAACCGCGGGAGAAGCCCCAUAUGAAGAAGAAUAGGGGAUAAUCGUGUAAUGCUAAAAGUGUGCCAAAAUCUCCAUCACCGAUAUUAAGUGUUUGUGAGUGAGAAGUCUCGAAAGUUUUGGAGCAGCAUCAUCUACCGGGAAGAGUGUUUGUGUACAUUGUGCGAGGAUUUAGUGGUGAUAGGGUACGGAUUCGUCUUCCUGAGCAAGUGUCCAGUGUUUACCACGCGUAGAAAUUGCUGAUAUCACUCACGGGACAACCCCGGGACCGGCGGUUUGUGAUGUGCAGCCCCCAAUAGAAAGGUGCUGUAAGGGGGACAAACAGUGGUGGUCCGUAUUUUCCCGAAAGUGUGUCCGUGAAAUUCCGUGGAACUGGUUUUGGCUUUGGCUGUACUGCCGUGUGUGUGUGUGUGUGUGUGUGUGUGUGUGUGGACGACUUUAACUCAAGAACCGGAGACAAGAAAAUGGGCGUAUAGGUUAGUGACAGUUGCGAGUUCAUCAGGUGUGUCCAGUUCCGGGAACAGCGUUGUACAGGAUGUACGGCAGGAUAUUCGCCUGUCUGCUGGUGCUGUUCGGCGUCCGGUCCACCGUUUGCAGUUUGCCGUGUGAUUACAUCGAUUCGGUUAACAUCACGGACGGGGAACGGUUGCCGAACGACGAGAUCCGCCAUAAUGGGGUGAUCUACAACAAGACGUACUACCGGAUGAUCGAUUACGAGUACGAGGACUUUGCGACGAAGAAGUACGUGCCGAACUAUAUCCGCGGGUGCCUGUGCGCGGUACGGAUCUGUGUGCGGUUGUGCUGCGGGGAGCGUGAGUAUUUGGGCAAAAAAUGUACCCACACGGACGAUUAUCUGCCGGUGGUGGUGAACGUGAGCGCGACGGAAACGAUCGAUCUGCGGAACCAUUCGCUGUACGGGUUUCUGUACGGGAAGCCGUGCGAGCAGGUGUACGAGCUGCUGCCCGAGGAAAGCUCGGUGGAUGAGUGGAGUAUCGCAAGGAACGGUAGCCUGAUCAUCGCGGACGAACUGCUCAUUACCCGGAACCAGUACUGCCUAGCACCGAGGCAAAAUAUGAGCUUUGCGUCCGGGCUCGUUUGCUUCACAUCGAACGAAGAGUUCAAGUACAAUCUCUAUCCGGUCGGCAUGCUGCUGUCCGUCCCAUUUCUGCUGCUCACUUUCUUCGUGUACGCCUGCAUACCGGACCUGCGGAACAUGCACGGCAAGUCGCUGAUGUGCUACGUGCUGGGCCUGAGCGUCGGCUACACGGUGCUGUCGAUGGUGCAGCUGCGCGUCUUCCCCGGGUCGAGCUCGUCGUGCGUGAUCUCGGGCUACAUCGUUUACUUCUCGUUCAUGGUCAGCUUCUUCUGGCUGAACGUGAUGUCGUUCGAUAUCUACUGGACGUUCAAAGGCGUCACGGGAGUUCGCAGCUCGGAAACGAAGAAGUUUCUGUUCUACUCACUGUACGCGUGGGGCUGUCCGAUCCUGCUGGUAGCGACGGCCAUUACGGCGGAUUAUACCGAUUUCUUGCCGCACUAUCUGCGACCCCAGUUCGGCACGACCAGGUGUCUAUUUGUUGAAAACAAACUGAUCGAGUUCCUAUACCUGUACAUGCCGCUGCUGAUUUUGGUGUUCAUGAAUGUGGUGUUCUUCGUAAUAACUGCCCUGCGUAUCUACAAAAUACAGUGCGAAACGUCGGUGGUGCGACGAGGAGAUUCAAAACGGCAUACCAAGCUGGACAAUGAUCGUGAUAGAUUCGGACUCUACCUGCGACUGUUCAUCGUGAUGGGCGUUACCUGGUCGCUGGAAAUCAUCUCCUGGGCCGUCGACAACAAUGCCUGGAUCUUUUACGUUUCGGACGUGUGCAACUGCAUCCAAGGUUUUCUCAUCUUCGCCCUGUUUGUGCUGAAGCAGAAAAUUAAACGAUUAAUCUAUAAAAAGUUCGGUAUCCGGGAAAUCCGACAGGAGCAAAAAAUGUCAUCCUGCAGCACGAGAACAACGGCCACCAUGGUUUCGUCCUACCAAGAGUCCAAAUCGGAAAAUCCACUCGUCACACAAACGAAUGGGAUGUAAAACCGCGGCCUAGAUCAGGCCCGGAAACAUAGAGUUCGGUGGUAUGGUGUGACGCACACAAAUCUCAUAUACGACGUCGGGAGGAUCGCGUCUCGAAAAGUCGCCCAUCAAACAGUAAUGUGGUGCCACUGUCGUUCGUUAACCAAAGAGAACUCCUCCUGCCAAGCAGCGUUGGGACAGUUGGGUAGGAGCACCGUUCUAGAAUUGUUUUUCCACCCUUCAAGAUACAGGAACUACACUGGAGCUCGUCGGGCAAGUUGACGUGUUUUAAGGAGAGACCAGCACAAAGUAAACCACAAAACAAAAAUUCAGUAUUUCUUACUUAGACUUAGUACAAAAAAACCCUGCAGGACAACUUGACAAACAUUGACUCAAACCUACCUCACAGUGAAGGGUAAAUUGAGAGAGGGAAUUAGUUAUAGCUUUCGUAAACAGUUAUACCGUACAGAAAAAAAGAUUUAGUUGCAAUGCGUUUCGAAAGUCAUUAAGACGCAUAGGACGUGACAGUAUAUUAUGGUAAGCGUAUGGCGUAGUUCGUAAAUGUACCUAGACGUUAUAGACCAAACACUAAGGACCAGCAUUAAAUAAAUAGCUGCGAAUAUAAAGCAUGCGAUAUAAACGAAA